GCCUAUUCUGUAUCUCGAUUCGAAAGUAAAUUCUAUUCGAAUUUGAUAUUCGACUCGAAUGUGUUUUAGCAUUCUGUAAAAAAGUCGAAUUCAGUUUAUAAAUAUACGAAAAUUGUACCACCCUGUGCCAGUACUUUCGAAUGCUAAAUGUCAAAAUAAAAUGAAAUAAAGUUUAAAUUUAUUUGAAAAAUAUGGAUUCCGUUGCAUUGUGGAUGGAGGACGAGGAAAUUAUUGAGGAAAGAAUUACGAGAAGAUGUAUAAGAAAUGAAUUUAAUAUUAUGGAAUUAUCGCAAAAAAGCUUCAUACAAAACUUUAGACUUUCUAAGGAAGCCUUUGAUUAUGUCUUAAGAGGCAUAACUGAAGAACUAACGGUACCUAUAAGAUCCACGGCAAUAAAUCCAGCUAUAAAACUUGCUGCUACUCUAAAAUUCCUUGGUCAAGGGGGCUAUCAACAUCAAAUAGGGCAAGACCGGUUUGCAGGGUUAGCACAGUCCACUACAUCUAAAUGUAUUGCAGAAGUUUUGAACGCUAUUGAAAAAACAAUGUGUCCGAAACACAUAAAAUUUGAAAUGAACUCACAAGAAAAGCGUGAUGCUAAAAAUUAUUUUUAUUCAAAAUUUGGAUUACCAGGAAUAAUAGGUGCUGUUGAUGGAACUCACAUCCAGAUGGUUAGACCAGUGAAAGAUGAGCAUCUCUUUUUUAAUCGAAAGCUAAAGCAUAGCGUCAAUGCUAUGGUGAUUUGUGACCAUAACAUGUAUAUAAGAGCUGUAAAUGGAGUUUAUGGUGGAGCAGCGCAUGAUGCCCACGUAUGGAGCCUUUCAAAAGAACGACAAUACAUGCUAUCCAACUACCAAAAUGGAGAUAAAUCUUCAUGGUUAAUUGGUGAUUCUGGAUAUCCAUUAGAGCCAUGGCUCCUUACGCCUUACCGCAAUGCAGAAGAAAAUUCACUAGAAAGUUUGUACAAUGAAAAAUUUACAAAAGCAAGAUCAAUAAUCGAGCGUGUAUUUGGAAUUUUAAAAAGUCGUUUUCGAUGCCUGCUUGCUGGAAGAGAGCUUCACUAUGCACCAAAAAAAGUUGUUAAAAUUUUGAAUGUUUGUUGUGCCCUGCAUAACAUUUGCCUCAUAUACAACGUUGAAGCACCAACAGUAAUUGAAACUAAUGAAGAACGAUCUAGUUUUGCUUUACCCAACGGUGAUCAAAACGAGUUUUCACGAAUUGCGCAAACAAUACGAGACCGAAUUAAAAUAAGCUUGCGUUCGUAAUUUAAAUAAAGUAACUAAAAAGCAAUCCAUUUAUUUCAUUUCUUUCAAAUAUUCAUUAUAAAUAUUAUAAGUAAAAUUAACGGGUAUUAACAUUUAACAUUUGUUCCUUGAUUUUCAGUUUUGCAAGUCUUAUAUUGUUCCUUUCCCUGUCGCUUUUAAUUUUGUAUUCAUGUUUUAACUUUUCAAACUUUAGUUUUUGCCUUUCUAGUUCUAUUUUUUCUUCAUUUUGUUCAACAAGUUUUUUAUUAUAUUUAACUAAAGAUUUUAAAUUGUAAUUCACGUCUUUUAAAAUCUUUGUAAAAUCAUUGUGAAACUUCAUUUGCCCGUCUACUUGCAUUUUCAAUAGAUUUUUUUUACUUGAGGUACGUGAGCGCACAGUGCUACAUUUUGGUGACGUUUGGGGGCGAUAAGGUGGUGUAAAAGGUGGCAGUUCCUCUAAAUUUUGUAAAUCACUUAUGUUAUUAUGAGUGCUUGGUGGCAGUUCCUCUAAAUUUUGUAAACCACUUAAGUUAUUAUGAGUGCUUGGAUCCGUGGUUUCACAAUGGUAGCUUUGUGUGACUUCACUUGUUCCCGCACCGAACUUUUGAGCAUCUACCAUCCCAUCUACCGCUUGGUUUAUCUGCAGUAAAUCAAAUGCUCUUAAUUCAACUG